UCGAAGUUCUCGCAUCCCUAGCCGAUCACAUCGACACGCGACGUUCGACAAGUCCGGAAAAUAAAUAGAAAAUUUCCCAAAGUUGACGAACUUUUCGGCAUUAUCUACUUUUAAUCCGGACGCGAGUCGAGGCGUGAAGCUUGGUGGAGCAUCAGACCAGUCAGACGGAACAGAGCAAGCGGAAACAAAGGAUACAAUUGAAAGAUGCCACUGCCCUCGAGCUCGUUCUCCCAGCAGGGACCCACCUGCUUCGACAAGAUGAAGACGGGCUUCAUUAUUGGUUUCUGCGUGGGCAUGGCCAGCGGAGCCCUCUUCGGUGGCUUCUCCGCACUCAGAUACGGACUGCGCGGCCGGGAGCUUAUCAACAAUGUGGGCAAGGUGAUGGUCCAGGGCGGCGGUACAUUCGGCACGUUCAUGGCCAUUGGCACUGGGAUACGCUGCUGAUCCGCCUUCAGCCGGCAUUUUCAAUUAGUUACUAAAAAACCCAACCUAAACCUUACUCCAAUCUUGUUUAAAUUACGCUAAGUUAUUUUCAAUAAUAAGAGAUGUUAACCGAA